ACACAAUUUACUAAUCAAAACAAAAUAAUAAAGGGUCCUUCCGAUCCGAUCAUUUAAGCAGCUAAUAAACAUCUCGUUUAAACACUCAAAAGUCAUACGUUACCAUUCAGUUUUCAAGAAUAUUUGGACCACGUACUUUUUAUAAUUAAAUUAGGCUAUAUGAUCGAAUAUUUCUUUGAUAGUUCCUACAAAUAAUAUAUAUUCAAGCAAAUUCAGCUAGCAGCUGGACUUUGUAGUGGCUGCUGUGCCUUUUGACUUUGAUUUGGUACCCAUGAGCUGAAAGAAAUAGCGAAUUUAAAAUUAAUAAUUAAAUGCCAAAUGCUGUUGUGCAGUUGUUGCAAGCCAAACAACGAGGAGGUAUGCAAAGAUAUCACUGAUUUUAAAGAAAUAUACCUGCAUUGUUGGCUAAACUCUCUGCCUGAACUUAAGUUAAGGAUGAAGUGUCCCCUGAAGUGCCAAAGCCAAAACGCAAUGAUUUUGUUUCAAGUCCAAAGGCUGAGGAAUCAUAAACCUUACUUGCACAAUGAUGAUGGAGAUGUUUUCCCCCAAUCCUUAAAGUUGCGCAUUCUAUAGCUGAGCUAUUAUAAGUCAAAUUCAUGGAAAGAUCAAAGAAGAAUUUCUAAAAUAAUAUUUAGUCCUAGAGAUUUACUUAAACCUUACUACUUACUAUAGCCCAAGGCUUUAUUGAAAUUAACAAUGGCUUUAAUUAUAUAUUAUAAGUUAUAAGCCUAGUAGUAUUGAUAUUACAUACAUUGCAGAUGACCAAUACAAAUGUUCUACUAACAAUUUUCAAAGUCAAGAUUGUUAUAUCAUAGCCAUUGCAUAAAUAAAAUAAAUAUAUAUAAAAGACUUUACAAAAGCCCAAUGUAUUUAUUAUAAUAUAGUGCUGAUCUAAAGAUAAAGAUGCAUUAUCAUUACGUUAUAUGAUGAAAUUUAACAUGAACUCUGAAGAAUCAUGAAAUAGAACAAUGAAAUCAAUCUUCUUUGAAAUUGAGUUUGAUGCAAAGCCUUUCAGAACAGUGCAGUUUAAAUGCCUAGUACUCAAAUUAUAUUUCAAGCAUUUCAAGACCUACCCAACAAAUGUCUGAUGAUCAUUAAUUCUCUGGAAUCAGAAGUCCUAUAUUAUUAAUAGGCACUCAUAAAAGCUAACUGGAACUCAAUAUUUUGAAAAUUCUGCAGUCUUGCUUUCCUGCAAAUUCAUUUGGAAGAUUCAUUUUAAACCAUGCCCAAAUAUGUAAUUUCAGCCGUUAUUUAAAAAAAAUUGUUCCCUCUCUUUUAUUUUCUGAAUUAGAGAGUUCUUGUUUUCUUCUGUUUUUGUGUACAUUAUUUCAAAAAAUUUGUAAGAUGUAACUGUUAUAAAAUAUAGUGUCAAGAUUAAUACAUUUUUGGAUUAAGAUUGUAUUUUAAAAAGUCAGUGCAAAAUUUAAGCCGGUGAUUGAAUAUAAUGCAUAUAAUUUUAUAUUUGAAUGAAAAUGUGAUUUCCUUUUACAGUAACUUGUAUAGAAGGAAUGAAGAAAAGAAUAUGAGCUCAGAAACUAUAAAAUGUAUUUGAUGCCUAUCAAAGGAAUGAUUCUGCAUUUAUCCUCCCUAACCCUUUUCUCCAUUUUUUCAAAAGUCCUGAUUUCUUUAUAUUCAUUCCUAAUUAUUCUCUAGAUCCAAGACAAAGGACACAGCAGUGGUAGCUCCCAAGGCAGUUUUCAUAGGACAGAAAGUUACAGCCGUGUCAUGGGGAAUUCUAAUCUCAAACAGCACAUUGAAACAGCCCAAAAGACAGGUGUAUGUCAACUUCGGCACCUAAAUUUAAAAGAGGUACAUUAUUUGGUUUUAUCUCUCAGCCCAAACUUUGUUUUUUAAAGGUUUUUAAAUUUUUGUGACUGCAUGCUACUGGCAUCAACAUCAAAGUUUUUUCAAUCUAUUUUCUGUUGCAAGCUCUGCUCCAUCUCUUUCCAUGUUUAUGAGAAUAGGAGCAUUGGUUUGUCAUAAAGUUCUUUAAAAAUAUUUUUAUGGCAGCUGAUCCUUCCAUUUGUUAUUUUUAGAUAUAUUUAGACACAUAUUCUACAAACAUCCACUAAGAAUUGAACUAAAAAUGAUUUAAACAAAUAUUAAAUUUUAUAUGUUGUGAAAUCAUUAGUAUCCCUUUAUGUAAGAGUAAAUAUCUGGGAAGCAUCAUCGUUUACAAUGUUGAGACAUUAUUAGACGAGCGACUCUAUGCAGUAAGUGCAAACUAUAACUAUAAGACCUUUCUGAGUAGUGUUUGUUUAUUUACAUUUACAGGUUCCAGAAGAGCUCCAAAAGCUAUCCAAGAAUUUACGCACAGUUGAUCUUUCUGACAAUAAAAUUCUGCAACUACCACCAUGGUUUGUGACACUUGCAAGUCUGAAAAAUUUUACUCUAAACAAUACAAAAAUAGGCAAGUUUUAUACUGUAAGGCAAAAUUUAAAAGAAUUAUAAUAAAUUCCGAACAAAUGUUUUUGAUUGCUAUUUCGUGACAAAAGCUGGAGCAAAAUAAUAUGUGGACUGUUUCUUGUCUUAUCACAAGUUAUAGUAAUUUUUAUCACUGUAUUUUGUUGUUUUAAAAACUUAAAAUGUCACAUCAGUUAAUUUAAAUGGAUGUCCCAAUGUACUAAGGGGCCAUCCAUAUAUUAUAAAUGCACUUGGGUGUUGUUGAUUUUGGAGAUUUUUUUUAUGCAUGCUUAUGGCGAGAUGGAGGGUCUCAGCAGAAAGUGUGUAAAUUUAUUAACAAAAUUCUGCAAUAAUAUAUUUUCAAAUUAUGACAGUCCAUAAAUAGCAUAUUUAUAUCUCUAAUGCUGUAAAAAUAUCACUCAUGUUUUGUAGGCGUUAUCACCAUAGUGUUGCCUUAUGUUUCCACAUAAGAACUCGCUUAGAUAUCGCUCUAAUAUAACUCUGCACUAGUAGUAUUACAGUAAUAGAUAGUCCACCGCAUGCUCAACAUAUGAGUGAAGCAUUUUACUUGGCCUUGCCAGCGGUUCCUAAAAUCUUUCAAUUCCUAGUGCCCUUGUCAAAUUUAAGCUUGCAACAGGCGCGUUCAAUUUUAACAUGUGCACUUCAAAAUAGUGAAUGCAUUUUUAAAAAAAAUAUAUUGUGUGGGGUGAACAUACUUAAAACAUUUAUGCAGGUCACUAAGCCUAAGCUAGUACCUUCAAACAGUAAUAAUUCAAGUGAUUUACUCUUUUCACCAAGCCCGCUAGCUGUCACAAGGGAUUUAAAGGGGACAUUAAAUUAUGAAAAUUGUGUAAGGAUGCUUUGACAACCCAGGGCUGUGCCAAGUGAAAGUUGUGCCCUGGCAGACCAGUAUAAAGUCUAUUUUUGGCACCUCUUGUCUUUGUGAAGUUAAUGGGAUUUCAUAGUUAAAUUCACUAUUAAGGUCCAGAUAAAGAUGAUGAUUUUGGUGCCGUUGUCAUGGCCCUGCCAAAGGGCAAUGUGGCUCACAGGGUGACACAGCGCAUAUUUUGGGAAUCACUGGGCUCUCCAAACAGUCAAUGGUGAAAACAUGUAACACAUAAUUGUCUAUAAAUAAAAUGAUUUGGUUGGUGUUUUGUAUUUGUUGUUGUAAAGUAAGUUUGCAAAGGAGGGGGGGGGGGUGGUGGUUCGGGGGUGUCCCCCGAAAUUUGCAUUUUUUGCUAUAUGGAUGACCUCUAGAUAAUUCUUGAUUUGUUGGGGACAAGUAAAAUGGUAUAUUUUUAUUUACUUUUAAGUGUAAAGAUUUAAAAAUACAAAAAUUUUAAACUUCUGUUUACAUUUUUGGCUUAAGUUUGUCAAAUUUGACAUCAUUGUUUAAGCCUCCAAAUGUCAUUCAAAUUUUUCAGCUGAAUUACCUGAGGAUUUUGGCAAGUUGAAGAAGUUAGAAGUGAUUAGCUUAAGUGGCAACUCCCUGACACACCUACCUCGAUCCUUUUCAAAUCUGACCAACCUCAAGACAUUGACCUUGUCUGGAAAUCAUUUUAAAACAUUUCCCCCUGAGCUACUAGUGCUACCCCAGCUAGAUGUUGUUGAUCUCUCACAAAACUCCAUCACAGAAUUGCCAUUUGAGAUGUCAGGCUUGCAAGCCGUGGAACUUAAUUUGAAUCAGAAUCAGGUCAAUGUCUCUAAUAUUGAAAACUAUUAAUAUAAGCUGAACCCUUUUUUUUUUUUACAUUUGCUUCUAAUUAUAUACUAUAGUAAACUAAAUGUGUUAAUCAGUAUUGUAAAAUUCUAUUUAAUCUGGUAUAAGACUGGUAAAAUUUCAGUUCCCACAUAAAAAUUUCUAGUAAAGUUUUAAGUGAUUUAGUCUCAGAUAAAAUAUUUAAGAAAAGCCAUGGUUAAUUAUAUCAAAUAACUGUUUCAGGCGCAUGACACAAUUCGCAAUCUAUUGAAAAGAUUUUUUAAAGUAAUUCGUAAUUUACCUGAUUUUGGGUUAAUAUUUAUGUAUUCAGCUGGAAAUAAUAUCUUCUUUAAAUCAUUAUUGGUUUAUAUAUUCAGAUGGAAAUUAUGAACUAAUUCUAGAAAUAUUCCAUUUUCACAAAUAUUGUAGGUGUCCCGAAUGCCUGAAUCUAUUGCAAGAUGUCCAAGGCUGAAAGUUUUGAGGAUGGAAGAGAACUGUUUAGAAAUUUCUGCAUUCACUCCCGACAUUAUGAAAACUUCAAAAAUCAGUCUUUUCGCUGUGGAGGGCAAUAUGUUUGACAUGAAAAUGUUUCACCAACUUGAUGGUUAUGAUGAAGUAACUAUUAUCUUUUAUUUUUUAUCUCAUGUGUUGGCUCUGACUAAAGUCAAAAUAUUAUUAAUUUCAGAAAUAAAUCCUUAGAUGUAUGAUAGUUUAUAAAAUGCUUUUAUAUUAUUUUGAAAUCUUUGUCCACAAUAUAUUUUUGUCAACUAUUGUGCACUGAUUAGGAGAAAUUUAAACUAAAUGUUCUUUCUUAACUGAUGAGGAAAAAAUAUUAAAGUAAAAUUAUGUGAACAAAUUAUCCUGACACUGUUUUUAUUUGUAAUUGUUUAAAUUUCUCAAUUUUUCUUUCAGUAUAUGGAAAGAUUUACUGCGACCAAGAAGAAAAUUAACUAAUUAAAUUCAUCAUUAUUUAUGACAAUUGAUGGAAGGCUUCCAAAGCUGUCGUAUGUUUUAAUUAACUGAUGGGCUAUAACGGCAGACCAUUUUUUCAUGAACUCUUGUUGACAUUGCUUCUAUGGCCUUUUAACAAGUGAUGGAUAACCUCUCGAUGUCACUGAGGGAGCUGGACUUACAAUUUGUUUAUUCAAACAUUGCAAAAAUAGAUUUGUUUAUUAUACUCUAGACUCGUCUGUUACCCAGCAUGUGUGAAUGAGAAAAAGUUUACCAGGUUGUCAUGGUAUUUUAGCAUUUUGGACACUGUCCAGUAGAGAUGCAUUCAGCCUGUAUGAUGUUAGGCACUGGAGUCUACCGUCUGUAACGUUUUAAAAAAUAUGCACACAUAUUGGCACUGCUUUCUUUCAUUGCUCUUAAAUUUGUCCUUUACUUGCAGCUUAUCUUUUCUUGUAAAUCAAUUUAUUUUGUUCUAUCCUCUAUUGUAAUUCUGUUGUCACUUCAUAAUAUUACAGAAUCAGUAUUUUUGGCUUUUCUUGUAUUCAUUUGUAUAUUUUCUCUGUUCAUAGAAAAAACUUCUAGACUUAAUCAAAAUAAUCUAUUUAAAUUUAACUUACUCAUCUUUCUAGAAUAAUAAUUUAAAAAA